AUGGAGGUCUUGGAUACAAUAAGGGAACUCCAAACCAUACCCGACGGUAUCCAUCUCCUCUGCCCUCGCCAACGUCGCGAUGAUUACGGCCGUUACGACGAUACCGACGGCGAGUACGAAGCACAGCGUGCCCUCGAGCGCAGGGACAAGGCGUUAUCGUGCCUUCCCAUCCUAGCUUUCAGUCAAGAUGGCCUCGGACAAUUACAAGACUGGUUAUGGCAGAAGUUCAACGAUACGCUAGAGAGCUGUGAUUUUUGCAUUAGGCAGUAUCAUCGAGGAAAAGUGACGCUGGUCGAGAACCUGAAGGAGAGCUAUGACGAGGAGGAUAUCGAGAAACUGAUGCGGUUGCUGGAGGAGUGGGAUAUCAAACGUAUGAAGAGGAAUCUGACGACAGCUCUUGAAGAACUUAAUGCAGUUCCACCAGAGAAGAUAGGUCUAGACGCCUUAAGGACGUCGUCAUUGCUCGCUAUUUUCGAAUGUCUGAGUUCUGAGGUCAUGCAAAAGAACGCUGCCUUGCUCAGAGAGUACUUUGACGCCCCGUUCAGAAUGAUCCAGACCAAACGGACUCUAAAACUCACCGACUACGUUCCAGGCUUAACAAACUUUCUGUUUGAUCCCGACCCUAUUCGAAAUCAUUGGGCCUUGCAUGGUUGGUCUCGUUUUCGUCGACCGCCUACCUCAGACGAAUUUGAGUGGGCAGUCAAAGACGGCUUAACUCGUGCUCUCAUUUCUGCCUCACCUCAACAGCAGUACCUGGAUAUUGCUGCCGUUCAAAGACUUUGGAUAGGUUUACGAAUCAUCAUAAUGAGACUCGAUAAAGAUCAAAUCACUCAUCACCUCCGCGGUCUGGACAUUGACCCUUGUCGAUUGUCUAUCGAACAUCUUGGAAUCCAAUCACCUGUUCUGAGGGUUCUGUUAAACUCUAUUCAACUACUCUUAGAGAAAGCGCCAGUUGACUUUUGGGACGCCAUGCAGGCCAUAUCUCCCCAAGCGAUUGCAGAGCAAGUCUUCAAUAACCCUCAAUUUGAUGCUUACCUCCUAGAGGCCAAAGACGAUGUCACCCUCUCUAAAUCUCCGCUAAACGACAUGCUAUCAUGGAUAUCACCUUUUAUGUCCUCAUUGAAAAGCAUCAAUCAAACUCCCGCCUGCAGAUACAUCGUAUCGCAACUAUUCAAGCGUUUUCAAGAUAAGAGAUUACCCUCAGUUGCGCGCUUUCAGUGUUUUCUCUGUGGAAUCGAGGUGUUGCUUUGUACGUUGCGGACUUUUACUGACAAUGAAUCAUCGCGCGGGUCCGUUGCACGUGUGGUAUUAUCGGAAACAUUGGAGAUUGUUAAGGAACAUAUCGACAUUAUUGUCACACCUGAAUUAGAUGGGGCUGGUGAUAGGGCACAGUCGAUUAUCAAUGGUUGCAUGGACGUCGUCAGCAACACGCUUGCUCUUGAAUGUCAGUCUUUGAAGACGGAUUAUGAAGUCUUAUUGAACCACUCCUCCAUGCAACAUGGAAAAAGUACUUAUUCGCCAGAAAUCUGGGACGCCGUUAUCGCGAGAUUAAGUCAAAGCAACCGGGAUCUAUCGACUGCGGCGCUUAAAGGCAUUUUGGAAUUGGUCGGUCUCGAGAAAUUCCCUACACGAGGCGAGGAUAGCCAAGAGAAGACAAAGUACAAUGUUAUCUAUGGCCAUCUCACACACCUAUCAGCUCUAAUAUUUGAGCGAUUAGCUGAAUUCGACCCUGAGCAUCUGGAUGCUUUGUUUGCUAGUCAAGAUACUGCCUGUGCCUUGAUUUCCGCACUAUUCUCCGCCGACAUAAAUACUUAUCAAGCAGCUGUCGAUCUUAUCAAAAACGUAAGCGCUCCGAGGAUGAUCCAUACUGGAACAGACAUUAUCGAUGUACUUUGUGAUACUCAGACCGGUAUUCUUAGGACUCGGAAAUUGGCUAACAAGAAAGAAUUCACGGAGAUUCAGAAUCUGUGGGAACGUCAAUGGUCAUCUCUUACUACGAUCUUUGAUAUGACCGAAGACUGGCACAACCGAGGAAAUGACAAGAGUGUUAUGCUGGAAUUCUGCCGUGAUACUAUUCAAUUUGCAGACGUUCUUUUUGCUCAAUAUCCCGUGUUUGCGAGUGCCAUGAGUGGUGGUGACGCAUCGCAGGAAGAUACUGUGAGGGAAACUUUACUACAGUAUCCGACAGGAACGAUGAAAGGCAUGGUCAAGUGGCUUCGACUCAAGGACGAAUAUCUUGCCACGACCUUGGUUGGUCUCGUCUCCAAAAUUCUUCGACGGCUAGGCGAGUUGAAUAUCACGACUGUUGAACGCAGCGCCCUUCAGACCAUUGAAAAUGUUGCUGUGACAGGAGCGACCAAGACGUUGUUGACUGCGCGAGAAAAGGCCGAGCUUGUGAGAGCUCUAGAAGCAUACUAUAAGAAACCGGUCGUAACCGCUUCAACUGCAGCAUUCAAAAAACAAAGUUCUAUUACUGCGUUUGCUAAACAGGCCGAUUCAUCUGGCCGGUCAACGCCAGCUCGAUCAACAAGCGAGGAUGAAUACGGUGAUUCUUCCGCGCUGGAUGAAACGUUGCUGCAGCUCUCCAGGUCUGUUGAAUUAAACAAAGCACGUGUCGCCAGUCAACCUCAGAAGAAGCUUCCCACGACGACUAAGUCGCCUCUUGUACUUUCAAAGCCUCCAACUCGUCCUGGUGUAUCUGUCGAAUCGUUCCGUGAGAAACGAGAAAAAGAGAGGGAAGCUAAGAAGAAACGUGACCUUGCCGAGUUGCAACGACUCAAAAAGAAUAUUCCAGGACUCGGUGUGGCAGAACAGACUGCCGGACAGGGCUCUGGAGUAUCAGGGGGCAUUAAGGGUAAAGAUCAUMCCCCUGCCGAUAGUAUGAUGGUGGCUUCUGAAUCCGAAUCAGAAGAAAGUGAUGAUGAGGUUGAUGCGGAGCUAUUUGGAAAGAAGGGUGCAUCAACUCCCGCGGCCGUCAGGGAGUAUCAAGAAAGCAAACGACGAGCUCUCAAGCAACAAGGUCCUGUGAAGAAGGUUAGACAGUGGCGAUCGGCUAAGGACAUGCGUGCUCGUUUAGUUCCAGAUCUCUCAUCGCUGCACCAUACCCUACUCGAAUGGGAUUUCUUCGCCAACGGUGACUUGCCGCCCAAUUCGGGCCGCACGGAUUACUCCCUCAUUACAUCUACUUUCAGGGACCCCAUAGAAUAUCAACGCACUUUUGAGCCAUUGUUGGUCCUGGAAGCAUGGCAGGGCUUUCAAUCUGCGAAGGAAGAAGCCAACUUCAAGCCAUUUGAGAUCACAGUGGCCACUCGUCUAUCUGUUGACUCGUUCAUGGAGGUGAGCACGACUUUGAGGAGUGCGGCAGACUUGAAAGAGUUCGGUCUCGGAGACGCAGAUAUUGUGUUGCUGUCCAAAUCUAGAGAUCCUGCGAAUGACAAGUCAGCGUCUCAUUGCUUGGCCAGAAUCUCAGGCAUCAAUAGAAAAAAGGGCAAUGUCGAGGUAUCAUAUCGCGUUAAUCCCGGCAGUGCAAUGGUAUCUGCUCUGUCGCCGGGAUCCACCCUGUGGGCAGUACGCAUCUCGUCGUUGACACCAUUGGAGCGCGAGUACGGAGCACUGAAGGCUUUGCAGUAUUACGAUCUUUGCGAAGAGAUUAUCAAAGCGAAACCCUCUCCACUUCUGAAAUACAAUGAUGCAAGCUUGAAGCCACUAGUGGACAACUAUAACGUCAAUCAAGCCCAGGCCAAAGCUAUCAGAUCUGCAUUAGACAACGAUGCUUUUACCUUGAUUCAAGGUCCACCAGGUUCUGGAAAAACCAAAACAAUCGUUGCUCUUGUUGGUGCCUUGUUGAGUGGGAGUUUAGGCAACCAACAUAGCGUGUCUAUUUCUCGUCCUAGCGCUCAUCAGGCGCCAACGCCUAAAGCACCUACCACAGCUACCAAGAAACUCCUUGUUUGUGCUCCCAGUAAUGCAGCUGUUGAUGAACUGGUGAUGCGUUUCAAAGCUGGCGUCAAGACGCUCAACGGUAGAUCAGAGAAGCUCAAUGUCCUUCGUUUAGGUCGCAGUGAUGCUAUCAAUGCAAACGUGCUGGAUGUUACUCUAGACGAGCUUGUGAAUGCACGCUUAAAUCAAGCAGUCCAGAAAAAUUCGGAGGAGAAGAAUCCUCAGAAAAUCUUCGAGGAUCAUAAAUCCACCGAUACUGCAUUCAAGGAAAUCCGCUCCAAACUUGAUCAAUUUAGAGCAAAAGGUCAAGUGCCUCCCGAUGAUCUUCUCCGCGAAUUCGAAUUGCUCAAGAAGAAGCGAACACAGCUCAGUCAGGAAAUUGACAAUACUCGAGAUCGUAAUAACGAAAUUGCUCGCAACAACGACUUAAAUCGACGUCGUGUUCAGCAAGAGAUUGUUGACAGUGCCCAUGUCAUUUGUGCAACGCUUAGUGGUAGUGGACACGAGAUGUUUCAGAAUCUAAGCAUUGACUUCGAAACUGUGAUUAUUGAUGAGGCUGCUCAGUCAAUCGAGCUGAGCGCUCUUAUUCCUCUUAAGUAUGGUUGUGCCAAGUGCAUUCUUGUCGGAGAUCCUAAACAGCUUCCGCCCACUGUGCUGUCUAAAGAGGCUUCUCGCUUCCAAUAUGAGCAGAGUUUGUUCGUUAGAAUGCAGUCCAACCACCCUAACGACGUGCAUCUCUUGGAUAUUCAAUACCGUAUGCAUCCGGCAAUUAGUCUCUUCCCCAGUAUUACGUUCUACGACGGUCUGUUGCAAGAUGGACCUGAUAUGGCUAAACUUCGUGCUCGGCCGUGGCACAACAGUCAGUUGCUAAGCCCUUACCGCUUCUUUGACGUUCAGGGUCUUCACCAGAGUGCUUCCAAGGGUCACUCUCUUAUCAACAUUGCCGAGUUGAACUUAGCAAUGCAACUCUACGAGCGAUUGCUUACUGACUUCAAGGCAUACGACUUCUCUGGCAAGAUUGGUAUCAUCACACCCUACAAAGGUCAAUUGAGAGAAUUGAGGACGCGAUUCGCUGCUAGAUACGGUAACUCAAUACUUGCCAAGGUUGAAUUCAACACCACCGACGCUUUUCAAGGUAGAGAAAGUGAAAUUAUUAUUUUCUCUUGUGUCCGCGCUUCGAACAAGGGAAUUGGUUUCUUGUCAGAUAUUCGUCGUAUGAACGUCGGUUUGACUCGUGCCAAGUCGUCCCUCUGGGUUCUCGGAAAUUCUCAGUCUCUUGUUCAAGGCGAAUUUUGGAAGAAGCUCAUUACUGAUGCUAGACAGCGUCAUGUCUAUACGGAUGGGGAUGUCCUUUCGAUGUUGGAACGUCCACAGUUUACUGGAUACCGAAAUGUGGAUAUGGCUGAUGCAGAUGCCAAUGAAUCAUCUACGUCUACAGUGCACACGCCUACCGAGACCCGAUCAUCUAAUGAGAUGGAAUCGGUGUCGGCUCGCAACACUCCUACUCCCGUACUUAGCGGUCCAUCUGGAGGCUCUAAUGGACUCGAUGAUACGAAGACUUGUGCCAACUGCGGCAGCUUUGAUCAUUUUACGAGAAAUUGUGAUAAUGCCGAAGCUUUGGAACUUGCCAAGGGUAUGUGUUUCCGGUGCAAGCAGCCAGGUCACACAAAGAUUAGAUGCACUGCACCUCGUUGCUUGAUGUGUGGUGAAAUCGGUCACUUGGCUGAAGCGUGUCGGUCUAAAGAGGUCCUGCCUCAGAAAGAUUUGAAUAGGAUUGCCCAGGAAGAGUCUCGGCAUAAGAGAGCACAACAGGCCAAACGUGAUGAGAUCAAACAAAAACACACUCUAGCACGUGAUCCUGGCAUUCCCGUCGUCAAGGCUACUAGGUCUCCAUCGCCGCCUCCACAGCGUCAGCAACAACAAGGGAAAAGGAAACUUCCGCCUAGUGGGCCGUUUGCAAAAAAUACGAAGCGUAAAAUAGACGCAGAAACUCCGCAGGAAGUUCCCAGUAACUUGGUGAGACCUUCUCGAGAAGGGCCGGGGUAUCAACAUAUCGGACAUAAUAAAAACCCUAUGAAUGACAAUGGUGGGAAAGUAUUGGUGGAUAAUAAUUUGAUACAAGCGCCUCGCGGGCCCAAAGGAGUCAGACCUGGACCUGGACCUGGACCUGGACCCGGAUCUACCAAUCUACCACCACGUCCUCCGAUGCCGAUGCGAAAAAAGAAAGAGGCCGAUCCAUUCAUCCGGCCCAAGAGAAGAUGA